UUCCGUACUUCAUGACGUAAGUAAGUAUGCGGAACCUGAAUUGUAAACAAAACGGAAAGUCACGAGAUAUUACCACAUUCGCCACCAAGUUAUUGACUUAUUUUGCUGAAUAAAUCUCGCUGAAUGUUCCAGAUGCGUGGCAGUAAGUGAUCCAUGAGCCAGUUCACCACCAUAAGAAGCACUACUUUGGUGUUGUAGGUCGGCAGAAUUAACUGCAGCCAACAUGUCUCGUAAGCAGACAGUCAAACCUGUCCGUGGUAACAAGAAAAAUGAAGUGGAGCGCAAGAGGGACGAGCGGGCAGCACGCCGGGCCAUUGCUAAGGACCGCAAGAACCGGCCUCAGGAUGGCGACGAGGGAGCGGAGUUUGUCAGUUUCUCUAAUCAGCUCCAGGCACUGGGGCUGAAGCUCCGAGAGGUCCCUGGAGACGGGAACUGCCUGUUCAGAGCUCUAGGUGACCAGUUGGAGGGUCACUCCAGAGCUCACCUGCGGCUGCGACAGGAGACAGUCCAGUACAUGAUGUCCCAUCGUCAGGACUUCGAGCCCUUUGUCGAAGACGACGUGCCCUUUGCACAGCACUUGUCCAACCUCUCUCAGCCUGGCACGUUCGCUGGCAAUGACGCUAUUGUUGCUUUUGCUCGCAGUCAACAGCUGAAAGUGGUCAUCCAUCAGCUUAACACACCACUGUGGGAGAUAAAUGGCUCGGAGAAGCAAGUGUGCCGAGAGCUACACAUUGCCUACCGCUACGGAGAUCAUUAUGACAGUGUGAGGUGCAUCGGGGACAACUCAGAGACCCCCGCUCAGCUCCGCAUAGAAAAUCUGCAGAAAUCACGAGGCCAGCAGCGUGAGUUUGGGGACGGUCAGAGGGAUCGACAGACGAAGCCUUCACCCGCAGCCUUGGAGGAGGACAACGUGAUCCUGAGCUCCAUCAAGAACCGAGGGAUCCAGGGUGAAGAGGAGAACCUCCUCCAGCUGAGUGCGGCCACCAUCAACGCCGAGUGGCUCGUGGGUUCCGUGCUGGGCCAGCCGUGCCAGGGCCAGUGUGCCUCGGGAGCCUGCUCCACCUGCAGAGCUGCAGCCACAGACUGCACCGAGCACAAGCAGCCACCAGAGGGCGGCAAUACACACAAACCCAAGGUGUCUAACAAACAGAGGAAAGAGCAGCAGCGCCAGGAGAAAAAGAAGCGUCAGGAGGAGAGGCAUCGGCAGAAGGUUCUCCAGAGCAAAGGAAACCAGGACCAGAACCAGAACCUGCCGGAAGCUGUUACCUUAGUACCAGCCCUCAACACUCUCAGUAUAUAGACUGGAGCAUGGCCAAACAUACCCACUGCCUCUCUAGCUACCCGGGGGUCUGACGCCGAACACAACGUUUUGCACAUAGUCAACUUUUCUUUCGUCACAGCAGAUGACUUUUCCUAAAGAGAACCCUUUAGUUUCUUUGAAAGCGGUAUAACGGUGCCUGCAACUUUGUACGUCUGUGUGUGCACUUGGAUUUUCACGUGCACAAGUGUGGAAGCUGUAAAAGUGAAAGAGAGUGAAACCUAGCAUGACAUUCAGUUUGUUUUGUUGGAUUUUAAGUUUGUUUGAUACCUGGUUGGUAUAUAUAUAUAUAUAUAGUAACUCUUCAGAUGUGCUCUACCUACCAAGCUACCUAGUCCCUUUCUACGCUGGCCAGCGACAUGUGGCUUCUCAUGACAACCAUGCACGAUAAUCUCUUGCAGUUGGGCUUCUAUCAUUUGCCAUUUGAUUGAGUUGAUCAUUUUGUUUCUUGGAUUUGGCCAAAGAUGAAUGUAGAGGAGGAGCGGCUGAUGAAUGAUUGUUAUGCACACUGUGUAAUAAGAGUGAGGAAUGUGGCAAUAAAUAAUCUUUACUGUC